GCAGCGCUGAGGUCUAUUCCAGAACGACCCAUCGCUUGCAAUCAUAUUACUUUCUGUCACUUUUCUAAAAUUUUAUAAUAAUAAGUCAAAAUGGCGAAAUCUCCAGAAACAGAGCACCCUCUCAAGGCUGUUGGAUGGGCUACAAAAGACACAUCUGGGGUUUUUUCACCAUUCAAAUUCUCCAGAAGGGCGACUGGAGAGCAUGAUGUGCAGUUUAAAGUGUUGUAUUGUGGGGUCUGUCAUUCGGAUCUUCAUAUGGCCAAGAAUGAAUGGGGCUUCACUCAGUAUCCUCUUGUUCCUGGGCAUGAGAUUGUGGGUGAAGUAACCGAGGUUGGUAGCAAGGUGGAGAAAUUCAAGGUUGGGGACAAAGUGGGAGUUGGAUGUAUGGUUGGAUCAUGUCGCGAGUGUGAUCAAUGCACCAACGAUCUUGAAAAUUACUGUUCUAAAAUGAUACUGACCUAUAGCGCGGUUUACGUUGAUGGUACCAUUACAUAUGGAGGUUAUUCUAAUUUAAUGGUUGCUGAUGAGCACUUUGUUGUUCUAUGGCCUGAGAACUUUCCCCUCGACAUUGGUGCUCCUCUCUUAUGUGCCGGCAUUACGACUUACAGCCCCUUGAGGUACUUUGGACUUGACAAACCGGGAAUGAGUAUUGGUGUUGUUGGGCUUGGCGGGCUUGGCCAUGUAGCUGUGAAGUUUGCCAAGGCUUUUGGUACUAAGGUUACAGUUAUCAGUACAUCUAUUAAUAAGAAGAAGGAAGCUAUUGAAAAACUUGGUGCCGACUCGUUUUUGGUUAGUCGUGAUCCAGAGGAGAUGAAGGCUGCAACUGGGACAUUGGACGGGAUCAUUGAUACUGUAUCUGCUCAUCACCCCAUUUUACCCUUGAUUAGUUUGUUGAAGCCUCAUGGAAAGAUGGUACUGGUUGGUGCUCCGGAAAAGCCACUCGAGUUGCCAGCUUUUCCCUUGAUUUCAAGUAGAAAGUUAUUAGCUGGCAGUGGAAUAGGAGGAAUGAAAGAGACCCAAGAGAUGAUUGAUUUUGCAGCAAAACAUAACAUAUUACCAGAUGUGGAGAUUAUCCCCAUUGAUUAUAUCAACACCGCGAUGGAUCGCCUCGUGAAAUCUGAUGUUAAAUACCGUUUUGUUAUUGACAUUGCAAAAUCGUUGAAGCUCGAGUAAUACAGUUUCAUGAAAUUUAGCUUCAUUUUCGUUAUGAAUAAUAUAUGCUCUUGUCUAGACGGGAAGACUGGCGGGAAAUUUGUUUUUGUGGCCUGUUUUCUGUGUCAUUUUCCAGUUUACUUCAAGACUUCAUUUUCUAUUACGUGGGACAUUAAAAAGUAGCGUGAUUUUCCUCCAAUGAUAACAUACUCCGUGUUUUGCACGAAGUCUUGUUUUGUAAUAUGAUUAUCAGUCUGCUUUUGUGUGACUUUAAUAUAAUCCAAUUCAUUAGACUUGGACAACUUUUCUUUCA